AAUUUCUAAUUUCUUCUUCUUCUUCUUCGUACGUUAAUUAAAAUCUGAAGAAACAAAAUCGUGAAAUCGAUCUCUUUAAGCAUCAUCUAGGGUUCAUCACUGAAAUCAAAAAUGCAAUUAAAUCUCUACAAAAUCUCUCAGAUCUAAUCCCAGAUCGUUGUUGGUUUCUUCUCCGUAAACCAAUCCCACAUAUGAAUUAAAGAUUCGAUCUCGAAAUCGUUGGCUUUUGUUGUUGUUGCAUUCUUCGGUGAUGGCUCCGACUCGGAUUCUAACCAGAGACGAAGAGCUUGGUGUUAUUUCAGACGAUGAUGAUUCUCCAUCGGGUAAAAGAUCUAAACUUGAUCGCUUCCCUCUUAGCCGUUGGGAACUCGCCGUUUCUCUCGGUGUCUUCCUCGUCUUCUCCUCUGGACUCUGUUGUAUCUACAUGACCAUGCCUGCUGCUGAAUUUGGCAAACUCAAACUUCCAAGAAGCCUCGCUGAUCUCCGUUUGCUCAAAGAUAAUCUAGCAAAUUAUGCGAAUGAGUAUCCGGCGCAGUUUGUUUUAGGGUAUUGUGCAACGUACAUUUUUAUGCAGACCUUUAUGAUUCCAGGGACUAUCUUCAUGUCACUAUUAGCUGGAGCUCUCUUUGGAGUAUUCAAAGGUGUUGUCUUGGUUGUUUUCAAUGCAACAGCAGGAGCUACCUCGUGUUUCUUUUUGUCGAAAUUGAUUGGUCGGCCGUUGAUUACUUGGCUAUGGCCUGACAAAUUAAGAUUCUUUCAAGCAGAGAUUAGUAAGCGUAGAGAUAAGCUUCUGAACUAUAUGUUGUUUCUGAGGAUAACACCAACUCUGCCAAAUCUUUUUAUCAAUCUUGCAUCUCCUAUAGUCGAUGUACCUUUCCAUGUCUUCUUUUUGGCGACAUUGAUUGGUCUCAUUCCUGCAGCUUAUAUAACUGUCAGAGCUGGCCUUGCUAUUGGAGAUCUCAAAUCGGUGAAAGAUCUGUAUGAUUUCAAGACAUUGUCAGUGCUUUUCCUCAUCGGGUUUAUCUCUAUUCUUCCAACGAUACUGAAAAGAAAGAAGAUUGUUGAAUAGCCAGGGAGAAGCAUCUUUACAAUACACAUGGCCUAACAUUCAAUGCCAUACAGAGAACAAGAAUACACUUAACUUGUUUAGAGGACACAACAGAACAAAACUUCUGAUUCGUUUACUUGUCACUUGUCGUAACGAUUCGUUGAUAGUUUUUUUGUUGUCAUAUUUUCUUACUAUUUGGCAAGUAGAGGUUGAGAAGAAAUUACAGAAAUAAUACAAUUUUUUGUACAAGACGAGAGACCAUGAAAUAUUUUGGUUCUAGAUUUAUUAUGAUCGUUUCUUUUC